GUCCUCCAGCGUGCCAGAGUGGCCGGGAAAGGGUUCCCGGCGUUCCGCGGGCAGGCCCCGGCGGCUUCCGGUCUGCACCGGAAGUCGUUGAGCUGCGGCGGCGCGCGCGCGUGUGGGCCGCUGGGGGUAACGUUUCUUUCGUCUCCUUCCCGCUCUCUCUGCCCCCGCCGGUUGGCUGAGGCUCGCGCGCGGCCAUGGCGUAUCGCGGGCAGGGCCAGAAGGUGCAGAAGGUGAUGGUGCAGCCCAUCAACCUCAUCUUCAGGUACCUGCAGAAUAGGUCCAGGAUUCAGGUGUGGCUCUAUGAACAGGUGAACAUGCGGAUAGAAGGCUGUAUCAUUGGUUUUGAUGAAUACAUGAACCUGGUUCUGGAUGAUGCAGAGGAGAUACACUCAAAAACAAAAGCAAGGAAACAGCUGGGUCGGAUCAUGUUAAAGGGGGACAAUAUUACUCUUCUACAAAGUGUUUCUAACUAGAACUUGUCAUUCAGAGGGUGGAAUACACUAAAGAGUGUUCCAAACUAGAAUUUUCACUCAAUGUGCGGGGUGGACUAAACAUUAUUAUAAACAAGAGUCACUGGGAAAGUGGAUGGUGUUUUGAAAACAAAAGCUCCAAAUGAGCUUGAUUUGAAAAGAGUAAAAACAAUAACUUCACUGGUAUCUUGAGUGUGAGCCAGUCUGGCAAUUCUUCUUUGAUAGUAACAUUUUUUACAUUGGAGUACCAAUUAAUGUCAGGGGUAAAUAAAAUUUUUAUGUUAACUGUGAACUUAAAUUUAUUUGAUCUCAUGCCUACAUCCCUCCCUCACAGUUUUUGUUGGGGGAAAAUAUGUAAUCUGAAAUAAAUCUUUUUUUCUUAAAA